UGGCACUGGCCGGAAGCACGAAGAUGGCGUACCAGAGCCUUCAGCAGGAGUACCUGCAGAUCCCGCUUGUCACCCGGGCUUACACCACCGCCUGCGUGCUCACCACCGCCGCCGUGCAAUUAGAAAUAAUCACACCAUUCCAGUUGUACUUCAAUCCCGAGUUAAUAUUUAAGCACUAUCAAGUUUGGCGAUUAAUUACAAAUUUCCUGUUUUUUGGUACAGUGGGAUUUAAUUUUUUGUUUAAUAUGAUCUUUUUAUACCGGUAUUGUCGAAUGCUGGAAGAAGGAUCGUUCAGGGGUCGCACUGCAGAUUUUGUCUUUAUGUUCCUUUUCGAUGGAUUUUUGAUGACUGUUUUUGGCCUGUUUGUCAAUCUGGUGUUCCUGGGCCAAGCCUUCACCAUUAUGUUAGUGUAUAUUUGGAGCAGGAGGAAUCCUUAUGUGAGGUUGAACUUUUUUGGGCUCCUUAAUUUUCAGGCUCCUUUUCUGCCCUGGGUACUAAUGGGCUUCUCAUUAUUACUUGGAAAUUCAAUCAUAGUGGAUUUGCUAGAGACUUUACCUCAGAGGCACUCAUUGGUUAUGAAGUGCUUUGGACGUCCUGAGGACAUGAAGGGCACUGCAUUAAUGAAUUGCUGUGGGCCACAUAUAUUAUUUUUUGGAAGAUGUAUUUCCAAAUCAAUCUGGAGGAGGACGGCUGCUCAGGACUCCAAGCAUUUUGAAAGCUAUUUUUGAUAUUCCUGAAGAGGAUCCCAACUACAACCCACUGCCUGAGGACCGGCCUGGGGGCUUCAACUGGGGCGAGGGACACUGACUUGGAGGCAAGCCAUGAACUGCCAGCCGCACACUCUCUUUACAACCUCGGAGGACAUACCUGUUCUCUUUUGCCUCUGACUGCUUGCCAUCACCGUGGUUCAUUUCCAAAUAUACAACUUUGCAGAUUGCCAAUGACCAUCUAUCAGCACCUCCUGUGUGAUGGAUACCUGCCUUUUUCAAAGGUGUAUUACAAUUGGCCAUCAGUGCCUAUGCCUAUUAUACUGGAAUAGCUGAUACUUUCAAUGAGGUCUGCGCCAUGGAACUGGACAUCUGAGAUUCUCAUGAAUUGUUCUGCAGAAGAUCAAAUAUCUGAGGUUACAGUCAAAUGUGUGGCCAUAAUUUUUAUAUAAUUUUUUUAUCAACAGCCUCUGACUGGUGUCAGACCUGGCUACUGUAAGUAUUCUUUGGCAAUGAAAUCGGAAUUCAACCAUCAAACUCACUGAUUCUUGACAUUAAAUUACUGAAUAAAAAGCCAACUGAUGGAGCAUUUGGUCUGUAUUAACACAGUACUACAUUGUUUUUCCAUAGAACAAGUACAAUCCACAUCAGCAAUCUUUCAAUUGGUGUAUUUUGUCAAACUGAACUACCUGCAGCAUAAUCCUGCAUUUAUGAUUCAGAUGAAAUUAGAUUAUUAGCAAUGUUAAACAGACUAAUCCAUUACUGGCAUCAGAUGACUUUUAACGUAACUAAGUAUACUUAGAGCUAUUUUAGAUGAUUACCCAGUGGUGGUCUGAGUUUAUCAUGUGUAGUUAUUUUGUCAGUUUUCGCUCAGUUGGCAGAUCUUCUGUCUGAGAGAGAUUGAUGUGGGUUCAAACCCCACACCAGAGAUCGGAUGAUCUUCAAAGCAAUAUUAAGAGAGAAUCAUGCAGUGGAAACUGCCAUUUCUCAAUUGAGACAUUAAACUGUUUGUUCUUUCAAGUCAAUAUGUAAGAUGGCAAGGUAAUAUUUCAAAGACGUGCAGAGGCUUUUCCUGGAAGUAGGUUAUUCCCUAGUGGGCUUCACUAAGUGGAUUUUCUGAUCAUUUAUCACCCUGCUGUUUGUGAGACAUUCUUGUGUUCUAGUUUCCGCAUAAAAUGCUUUCAGUGCCCUAUUUUUGUUAACUUACCCAUGGUUGGAUCAAGAUAGAAUAUAUUUCCUUGUUAUAUGUCAGAUAAGGUGGAUGGAUUCACACUGUAUAUGAACUGUGCUGGUUAGUGUGAAGUGUGUAAAUUGGAAGGCAAUAUGUAUUUUUAAACAUCUUCCAUUAAUUUAUUCUACAUUAUUUUGCAACAUACAGAUGUAAAGGUACAUCUCAACAACCUUUACAAAUACGCUGCUUCAGUUAACCCCCAUUCAGGUCAUAGCUCUGCGUUCACAAUUUCCGUCACAGCUGACGAGUCCCAUAUUUGAGGUUCCCAACCUCCUUGUUUAAGAGGUGGGAGUUUCCCAGAUCCUGGCAAACAGAAAAGGAAAUGGCAUAAGCUGCAGGAUGGUGAUGGCAGAGGAACUGUUAUAUGACUGGAAUCUUGAAAUAGCACAGAGAGACUGGUAGAGCGGAGACUAUGUAUUCUGAGUGUUAGUUUGCUGCUGGACAGCAGAUAGAUCAACCUCUGGUAGUAGAGCACAGGUGAAAUCAUGCUGGGAAAGAGAGAUGGAGGUUGGGGAAAAAAUCUUUCCACCAAUAUUUCACUGAGCUUAGAGGUCGCACUCAUGUCCGAGUUUGAGGUUCUGCUUCAGAAAUUUGAAAUCACAGCAUGGGCUGCCUGUGAUGCAGUAACUAGGGUCUACAGGCUAUCAAGGUUGCUCAUCCUGUUUGCUCUCUUAGCUGGACAUAAGUCCUAUGUCACUAUUUGAAAGAUGAGUGAAAAUGUUCCCAGUAUCUAGUCAAUAUUUGUAGCUUUGGAAACAUCAAGAGCUUGUGUAAGCCUGUGCACAGACUGACUGCCACAUUUUCUACCUGCUUCUUGGCUGCUGGCAGGUUCUGAGGCUGUGGAAGGACACUUUAUAUAAUGCAAGAUCUUUUAUGUGUCUAACCCUCUACUCUCUGACUAGAUGAGUAAAUUCAGUUCUGAAGUUAUGCAAUGCAGCCCCCACAGCCACUGAGGAGGCUGAACCAUGUGUUACUUUCGUGUUACCAGUAUUUAUUGUCAUGGGUACUGGUUAAUUUCCUAAAUUCCCAAUGAAAAGUCAAUUAAUUCAUUAUCAGGUGAGCUUGGUAAACCUGAGGCAGCAUUCAGUCUGACUCGGGGAGAGCUCAGCAAUCCCAGCUGGCAGGAGUACAGGUUGCCAGUCACUCGUGGACCUCAGUUGUGCCUGAUAGAUUUGGAUUGUAAUCCUAAUUUGAUGUAACCAGUGAGUUAACAUCUAAUCAGAUAGUCUUAUCCAGAGUUUCUCUCUCCCCACCACACAAACUUUAUAAUUGUAAAACCCUUCAUGGCUCUUGGGUUUCAGUUUCACCAUUCAUUGAGCAGAGGGGCACAGGUUAGACCCCCUGCCACUGCUUUGCUGUCUGAUUUCGGCACCCAGCCCUGUCUGAGCCAUGGUUUGAUGCAUCUGAUGGAACUAGACCAGGCUUAGCUGGUCAGUACCAAUCAGCUGCAUGAUUAAUGGCCUCCAUGAUAUUGCACAGUGCCCCAUAACCAAUGCCUUUGUACCUCUUUGUUUUGUUCCUGGCUACCUCAUGAAGCUGAAGGAGGGUACUGUCUGUGUCCCUGAGACUCGUCCUGGCAGCCCGUGCCACCAAACCUCAUCAUCAUGUGCUUGGGUACCUUUGGAGGUAAUUGGCAAGGUGUGGGUAUCACUGUGGAUCUGGAACCAUUCUUCAGACCUGUUGCCCGGCACCAAUGGGCCUGACCCAUAGAUCAGUAUAAAAGAUUGAAUCCUUUUAACCAAUUUACCAUUUUACAAAAUCUAUAUCUGGCAAAAGUAUUCAGAUAUUUUUAAUCAUAAAAUGUGAUUUCCCACAACAAUUGUAUUGUGAAGCCAUCAGGUGUAAUUCUGCUUCCAUUUGCAGCAUGUUGACUGAUUAUUUAUAGAAACCUACACUCUGUAACGUUUCGCAUUCAACCUUUUUGUGAUGUUUAACAACAGUUUCAUAUUUUUAUUCUGAUACUCAUCAAUUUAUGGAAAACCUUGUGAUAGAAAUUAAAUCAUUUUUGUUCAUCUUUC